AUGCUGUCGUCUAUGUUGGAGGUCGUGGGCAUCGCCCUGGGAGUCAUAGGAUUAAUACUGACCAUUGUGAUCUGUGCUCUCCCCACCUGGAUAGUGACAACCAUUAUAGCAGGUAACGUUGCCACCACAAAGGUGGUCUGGUACGGCCUGUGGAUGAGCUGUGUGACCCAAGGCACGGGAAAGACACAGUGUGAGGUGUGCAACCCCAGGGGGAAUGGGAAAUAUGAUCUGCAGCCUGCCAGAGCCAUGAUCCUCACUGCCAUCAUCCUGGGGGUUCUGGGGGUCAUGGUCUCCAUGGUCGGAGCGAAGUGCACCAACUGCAUCAAAGACAAAACGUCUCAGGCCAAGUUGAUAAUUAUCGCUGGAAUACUUUUCAUCCUGGCCGGAAUUCUCAUCCUCAUCCCUGUUUCCUUGCUAGCCAGAUCAAUCAUCAGCGACUCCUCCACGCGGAUCAAAGGGAAGCCUGAGUUGGGGGCCUCGCUGUACUUCGGCUGGGUGGCGGCCUCCCUGCUCCUGAUUGGAGGGGUCUUACUGUGCAUCACUGUGGGAGUGUUUGGAUGGAUGAUGGGAAUCUUUGGAUGGAUAGUCUCCCUAGUGSCCUGUGCUCUMUCWAUAAKGUAUUAUCCUCCGCCCCCUUAUUGGGGCAUGUGGAAGGUUCUGAURACGAUCACCUCCAUCUCCUCCAUCCUGGGAGCUCUAGGAGUGAUGGGGUCYAUCUUUGGGACCARGUGCUGUAACUGCAUCAAGAGUAACAGGAUCAGGGUCAAGGCCAGGUUUAUUGUUGGAAUAUUCUUCAUCCUGGCCGGUAUCCUGCAGCUCACCACUGAAAUUGUGGUUGUCCAUUACUUGAUAACGGAUGUCCAACGGCGAUUCGAUAUUUUCGCCAAGUUUAUCAUAUUCAACCUGGUUUUGUUAGCUGAAGUCAGUAGCUGGUCCGCCUGCAUGCUCCUGAUAGGAGGGACCAUACUCUGCUGCUCCAUAUUCAAGAGGAACCAGUCAGACUCAACGACGACUCGUCAACCUCCCGCUAACAGCUCUGUCUUCAACAGGUCAUAG